AUGCAGAACGAAGUAAUAAGGAAGAAGCAUGAUUAUGGACAUUUUGGAGUUAGAAAAACAGAAGAGCUUGUGAGUCGAGAGUAUUAUGUUGAGAAUCUGAAGGAGAAGGUUAGAAAAGUUAUAGAGAAUUGUGAAGAAUGUAUUCUAAUUGAACAGAAAAAAGGAAAGAAAGAAGGAUUCUUACAUCCAUUAGACAAAGGUGAUGUCCCGUUGUCGACGUAUCAUAUUGAUCCUCUUGGUCCAUUGACGUCUACUAAUAAAAAUUAUAAGUACAUUUUUACGGUAGUUGAUGGCUUUACCAAAUUUACUUGGAUCUAUCCUACAAAACCUUUGUCCACAGAUGAAACGUUGGACAAACUGAGAGUGCAACAACAAACCUUUGGUUCCCUUCUAAGGAUUAUUUCCGAUCGUAACGCCGCAUUUACUUCAAUAGACUUUCAAGACUAUUGUGAACAAGAAGGCAUAACUCAUUAUACAAUUACUACAGGACUACCCCGCUGA